CUCAGGAUGGCGACGGAAUUAUCCGCGAAGACCCGCCCUACUCUACCUCUGAUUGGCUCUGACCCUGAUACCCUUACCCUAACCCCAAAUCUAACCAAUCUUAUCAACGAAGGCAAUGAUACUGGCCAAUCAUAGGCAGAGUAGGGCGGGUCAUUCCGUCGCCCUCCUAGGAAAACUUUUUUACGUGAGGUGUCAAUGCUGCCUGCUCCUCCGCUGCCACCGUGUACCAAGUUGACAGCAACCGGGAUGAUGACAUGGAUAACACACAAACAAACACGCUGCUGCUGCUCUAUAAAACCGGAGACACCGACACACACCGACAGAGACACCGAGCUGCUGCCGAGGAGGAGCUUUCUACCUGAGCCAUGGGCGUCUUCAUCUCACACAUCUUCUCCAGAUUCACCGCCAAGAAACCUGUCAGGAUUUUAAUGGUGGGUCUGGACGCAGCGGGUAAAACCACUCUGCUGUACAAACUGAAGCUGGCUGAGGUCGUCACCUCCAUCCCAACCAUUGGCUUUAAUGUAGAGACACUGGAGUAUAAGAACAUCAGUUUUACAGUUUGGGAUGUUGGUGGUCAGACUGUCAUCAGACCCCUGUGGAGACACUACUACAUGAACACAGAGGGUCUGAUAUUUGUUGUCGACAGCAACGACCCUGAGAGGAUUAAAGAAGCUGCUGACGAGCUGCAAAGGAUGUUAGGAGAAGACCAACUGAGGGGCGCGGCCUUACUGGUAUUUGCUAACAAACAGGAUUUACCCAGAGCCAUGCCAGUCAGUGACAUCACAGAGGCCCUGAGCCUAUCAGGAGUCUCACAGCCGUGGUUUGUCCAGUCGUGCUGCGCUGUGAGCGGCGCGGGUCUGUACGAGGGUCUGGACUGGCUUUCCAACCAGAUCCUGGAAAACAGAAGAAGCUGAUCUGGAGCUCCGGUCCUCUGCUUUAUUUUGGUUUCCUGCUGCGUCUUUAAGCACAUCAGGCAGUCUGCUGUGAACUCAGCUGAGCCGGUGUAGAAGAGAAACAUCAAGGAUCCACAUUGUCACAAAGAGAUUUUACUGCUGCGUUCACAGCACACGGAAAACACCGUAGAUCACAGCUUCCUUCUGGAAAAUACAGUUACAGUUUGUGCCACAUAAGUGUCAUUUUAGAAGAAUUUAAAAAUAAGUUAAAGGUUUAAGUUCUUUUUAUGUACUUGAAAUUAACCAGAAAUACCUGCAGCAGAUGUUUUCAGCUUUCAUUACACUACAUAUGUUGUUUUAUUACCUCAAAUUGCUGUUACUGGUGAAUUCACUGCAGUGUUUUCCUCUUCUGAAAUGUCUGAACGUAUAAAACAUUCCUUCAUGUCCUGCUGACUUUAUAAUUGGCUCUACAAGACAGACAUCAAUGUGUUUUUAUCUGUUUUCAUAUAUAUAGAUGAUAAAACCAGUAUGAUAUAAACAGAUUAUUGGCCACAGAGUUGAUGUCUCUGAUAUCACCAGAAAGGAAAUUAGUUAAUCAAUGUGAAAUCAAGACAAAUAUCACAAUAAUUCAUUGAUCGCAACUGAUAAAAUGACGCAGCAGCACUGAAGUCAAAUGUUUCUUAAUUCUAAAAUUGGGAACCAUGUUUUAGACAACCAGACGGAUCAUUUUGGAAAAUAAAUUUAACUGCACUGAUUCUCUUUUAUCUUUUGACCUGUUUAAGAAUUCUUUAUUAUUUAAUUAGUUAAUAUUCAGUUCAUCUGUCAGAAGUGAUUUUACUCUUAAUUACUUAUUUAUUAAAAAAACUUAUGUUUCUUGUAUGACGUCUACAAAUUAGGUUUUUUUUUACAAUAAAAUAUCUUUGUAACAC